AUGUCCCGCUACUACUCCAGCAGAGACUACCAGCAGCCCUUCGACUCUGCUUUCAGCCAUUCGCAACGACAGUACCAUGUCCAGGUGCCCCAGCUUCGCGUCAGCACUGCAGAGCAAACGCAGCAAUGGGAUCCAUCGGUGCGACCUCGAAGCGUGCAAGACAUGAGGGAACAGACGUACAGCCCAACUGCGUCUGUACAUACCACAGGAACCAGUCCCAACACACGCUUGGCAGACCGAGCCUUUUAUUCCCAUUCAAACCUCUUUCCAAACACCUAUGUUAACCCUAGCCUACAAGGUGGCUCGUCCAUGCUCACUCCUGACUACAUCUCUCGUGGAUUCAACCCAAGUGCACAAGAAGAGUCAUGGAGUUCUUUCAAUAUGAGGAGCACCGAGAACAGAGUAGUGCGAACUCCACCUCGUCAGUCUAACGUCGACUUUCAAAGUUACUCUCGCAUAGCAUCUGAUGUUGAUAAAGGUGCUGUGCUCUCUGACGAGGGCUACUUCUCGCAACAGACAAGCCAAUCAGUGCUCGGCAAUGCGCCCGAUCGUGCCAGUCAGGACUUGACAAUAGAUUUUCUGAGCCAGAUAGGACACAUGAAUGUUGAUUCCACGGUGAGCGAAGCAACAGUGUCGCAUGUAGCUUCGGAUCAAAAGUCUCGUGUGAGCAGCACUCGUAGCCGCCGAUCAAGUAACAGACCCACCAAAUGCGAAUAUCCUGAUUGCAAUGAGAUAUUUAGAUGUCCAUCAGAAUACAAGAAGCAUUCGCUCAAACAUGAAAAGCCAUUUAAAUGCGAUGCACCCAAGUGCAGGCGAACCGAAGUAGGAUUUGCAACGGUAAACGACCUCGAUCGACACAGGAAGAGCGUUCACAGCAUUGAUCUGGACCACAAAUCCUACAAGUGCGCAGCAAAGAACUGUAAGAGCAAAGACAAGCUAUGGCCGCGUCUCGACAACUUCAAGCAACAUGUUCAUCGAAUGCACGCUGAAGAAGAUGCGGCUGAUAUCAUCGAGAGAUCCAAAUGGUGCCCAGAAAAGCUACCCUAUUCCAUCAUCGAGGAGUCUGCUGUAAUGCCCAUGGAUACCAACUUGGUUCUUUCCGGAAUGGAAAAGUCUUUUUCAACCAACGCAGAUAUGCGUAACAUCUCUUCACUUGAUUUUUCCUCGCAACAGGAUAGUCAGCAGUGGAAUCCGGCCGACUGGAAGCUAGAUCCUACCAAAGAAGGGCAUCGAAUUUCUCACAAUCCAAGCGAGCGUGUCUCUGCAAAUCAAACUGCUGCUUCUCAGAGGCUACAGCGUGUGCAGCGCCGAGCAGCGGCGUUGUCGGCCCAGCAAGCACAGACUUCUCCCCCUGUUACUGCAAUGAAUAUCGCACCAAAGGAAAAUGUACCCCAGGUUGCUAAGCUGAAAAUUGACCAUCACUUGUCCAACGCACCACAGACAAAGGCCGAGCAACAACGACUGGCCCAGAAACGCUCCGUUGCUAAGACCUCUUCUCUUAAUGCUGUCGAUCUUUCCAAUCUUAUUCUCAACAUCAUACAAAAAGCCAACGGCUCAGGAAAGCAAGACGAGAAAUCGAUAGAAAAUGUGCCACUGGGACCAGAGACUCUAUCUGACUCAGAAAGGGUGAUUCUGACUAAGCGCGGUGUGUUGGAAGCAUCGCAGGAAAUCAUGAAGCUCAUCAGUCAAAACUCGGAACCUGUACAGCGGGCGUUGCGCCGGUCUGGCAAGAGCAGAGCUUGCCCAAUUGAUGGCUGCGGUUUCACUGUUGCCCGGGACUGUGAGCUGCGGAAACACAUGAAGCGGCAUGAGAGGCCGUAUGGCUGCACGUAUCCACAGUGCGACAAGCGUUUUGGCGCGAAAUCAGAUUGGAAGCGCCACGAGAACAGCCAGCAUUACCAGCUUGAAGCUUUUCGAUGCGCUCAUGAGUUAUCUCCCGGUGCCGUCUGUGGAUUCCAUGCGCAUCGACGAGGACCGUUUCUAGACCAUAUAGAGACACACGGGCUCUCUGAUAAAGACUCACAGGACCUCGUCGAGCGCAGCACGAUUGGGACAAACUGUCAGGGAUCCUUCUGGUGUGGCUUCUGUACAGCUGUGAUCCGACUCACCAAGGAGCGCAACAAAGCAUGGGAUGAGCGCUUCCGCCACAUAGCUCAUCACUUGGAGCAGGAAAAGAAGAACAUUGGAGACUGGGUGUGUGCCGAAGUGAACAAGACGAAGAGGGAGCUGCUGGAGGAGAGGAUGAGAGAGAAUUGCAAUGAUGGUGAUGAGAAAGAAGAGGACAGGGAUUCCGAUUCUGCUACUGAAGAGGAUAGUGAUAACUCGCCCCCACCAGCACCUCCGCCACCUCCACCACCAGAACGCGAGCCUUGGAGACCCACUUCGAGGGAUGCCGUCACCUUGCAGCCACAGGCUUUUGGUCAAGACAACAGCAGAAAACGAGCAGCGCCCGCCGCGCUCGAUGCAUUCUACCCGUCUGACAGGCAAAAGAAGACAAGGACGGAGAUUUACAGGUACUGUUGUUCAUGUGGGAGCGGCCCGUGUAGCUCGCUGCAAGCAGCUUGCAUUGGAUGUGAGCAUGAAUUCUGCAGUAAUUGUGGUGAAGAGCAGGUGUGGGAUUCGAUGGACCUUUAG